AUGUCAACGACGACUUGCAGGAUCGUGCCACUGCACCCGGGUCGCAAUGACGGACUUAAAAUUCAGCUGAAGAACGAAGACGCGCUAGUUGAGGGAUUCGUGUUGACGCAGAUCUACCUGUUCGAGAAAAACGUGCUUCACCAAGUGACUACAGCCUCUUCGGGUGAUGUGGUACUGGACGACAGUGUAGUGAUGCUCGACGAUGCUGAGGCGGACGUGAAACUUGCGUGCGUGGGUGACGGUAGGUUGUUCCUGAAGUCUCUAUCGAACGCAACGCUGAGUUCACUGGAUGUGGAAGUGAUGGGCAAUGGUUUGGUGCAGCUAGAGAUCCCCUCGGUGAAUCUCGACAGGAAACUGGACGUGGAAGUCGCAGGCACUGGCGUUGUCGCGUUGAUUACGGACGACUUGUCGGCGCACGAGGUCAAAUGUACGCUUUCUGGCUCCGGUGACAUUGUGGUAGACACGGGCUACCUUGAGGCUCGGAAGCUGCACGCUUCAGUCUAUGGCUCAGGUAUUGCCAGUUUUGCCACGACGGGUUCUGUCGAGAAGGAGUCCCUGACUCUGUCUGGAUCCGGACAGCUGCUUGCUGGGUCAAUUGUGGCGGCCGAGUCGAACGUGGAUGUGUGGGGUAACGGAGAGAUGCUCGUGCAAGUCACCGACAAGCUUACGGUGCUGACUUCGGUGUGGGGCAAGGUGGGCUAUGUGAACGCGCCACCGGCGGAAGUCAAGGUCAAAGGCUGGUGGUUUUGGCGCGAGACGAGUUCUAUCGUGUAUUCAGCGGCCGUGAACAAGGUUGCAAUGUUUGAGCCUCUGGCCGUACCGGCGAAGACUCCGGUUUACUAUUCUAUCAAGACGAUGAAGUCAUUGCUGUCAGACGAGCCCAACUGUACAUCCUUGUCCAGCGAGACGUCUGAGUGGGCUGACCUGAUGAGCAUGUCGUUGUCGAAAGUGCAGCAGACUGAUGCCACUUUGACUGAUGCGAUUUCGACUGACGCGCACAGCGUCUUUUACGCGCUCGUUGGUGUGGUAGUCGUCGCUGUGAACGUGGUGGCUGCUCGUUCGUGGUCCGAGCGCCGAGCUCGUCGCCACUACACGUCCCUCCUAUAA